AUGGAGCAGCAUUCUGUAAAGCGACGGACAGUCACCCCACAGAGCGAGGAUCAGGAAGGGUUGUUGAUUGAUAAGAAAACAAAACCGGUUGCUACGGCGUAUUGCGUGGACGUACCUUUCUUUUCGUGGGAAGUUCUUCAGAUUGUGUUGUUGCAUGUCAUCGCUGGCAGUUUUCUUGGUUACAGCGUGGGUUUCGUUGGGCCGUACUACACUUUCGUGAAGAUCAGCCGUGACUGCUCCGCCAUCACCGCGCAAGCCGCCUGUCUCUUAUCUAUUCCUGGUCGAUGUGAAUGGGAGAAUAACAGCUGUAUUUUCCGUCGUGACACCUGCAGGGGGUUGGCGCUGGAGGAUUGCGGUGUGGAUUUCAGCAGAAGAGCUCAUCACUGUCUGUGGGAGACCAAGGCUUCUCUCUGCACGCGCCAGGUGGGGUACACGGCUGUGCAAAACGGUUUCUUCGCCGCAGCGAUGAUUGCCGGGGGUUGUCUCGGAUCGCUCUGUGCUGGCGUCAUUCUUUCUGCGACUGGAAGACGAAAGACUUUUUUCUACUCUGGACUCGUGGCGUGCGUGGCGGCGGUACUAACGCAUGUGUCGACGUACACAGACCAAUACGUCAUGGUCAUUGCUGGUCGUGUCCUCGCCGGUGUGGCGUCUGGGGUGCUCUGUGUUGCAUCUCCUCUGUAUGUAGAGGAGAUGGCGCCUGCGCAGCACCGACAACUUGUCGGCGUCUUCUUUCAAGUGGCGUGCACGUUUGGAAUCCUCCUCGCUGCAACUAUGGGGCUUGUGCUGAAUCCGCGUGACUUUUCUACAGAUUUGCACAUGCAGCUGUGUCGACAGGGAUUGUGCAUUCCACCCAGCAUCAUCGCUGUCUGCGUAGUGAUCUCUGGUCUCUACAUGAAGGAGAGCCCGCAAUGGGUAGAGCAAAGGCUCCGUGCAAGAGCAGUGAGAGAGGAGCGGGCCUCAGUUAAUGACACAUUGAACGUACCGGUUGAUGAUGAUGAUAACAUGAGUGAUAUGCAUCCAGGUUCAGACACAAUGAAAUACUCAUGGCGUCUUUUGGUACGACCUCUCACCACUUCAUUCGUUAUGUGCGUUGCUCAACAAAUGACGGGUAUCAAUGCAAUUAUGAAUUACGCCCCAAACAUCACCAGUGUGAUGGGACUGGCCCCUCUCACAGGUAAUUUUGUGAUCAUGGCGUGGAACUUUGCUGUCGUGCUCGUGUCUAUCCCACUAUCAUCCAAGUACCGUGCUGACUUUAUGUACAUUGGUGCCGUGUUUGUGACGUCAACCUCUUGCCUACUCACUGGCAUUUUUGUGUUUCCACCUAUGGGUGCCGGAGACACAUUAAAACGUGUCUUCUCAAGCAUUGGUAUCGCCAUAUUUAUCGCCUUCUUUGAGAUUGGCAUGGGGAGUUUUUUCUGGGCUCUUUCGCAUGGAAUUUUUCCACCUGCUUUUCGUGCACGGGGCUCAAGUUUCACAGUGCUUGUGCAGUUCCUAUUCAACAUUCUCAUCAACGUGGGGUUUCCAAUCGCUGUGGAGCGGCUCUCGGGAGGCCCGUCUGGAAAUCAAGACAAGGGCAUGGGGAUUGCAUUUAUGUUCUUUGCGUCAAUUGGCUUCAUUACUGGUGUGUACCUGCUCAAGUACUUGCGUCUGUGGGAGGCGCAAUGA